UACUUACUGUACGAUACAGAUCCUGGUUGGUUUUAUAUAUAACAAAAAAUUUAUUUUUGUGGGAAAUCAUCAAACUAAUCAAUUCAAGUUGCAAUUAGAAAAGCGCAUUAAAUAUAUAAUAAGAAAAUUAAGUGGUACCCAUACUAGGAUAGAGUAUAUUAUCUUUUUAAAUUGAGUUUGCAUCUCUUUUAAAUUAAGUUAAAAGUAAAAUGUUGGUCAUGGGCGUAUGAACGGGCGAAGGAAAGGAAAUUGAGGAAAUGGAGCAGAUCUCGAGGUCUUGGUAAGGUGGUCAAUGGCGUUGACUCAUAAUUAAAUUAGCUUGAGCCCAUUGUACGAGCAUGGCCGACUCUUGUAACCCGUUCGUUCCGAACUUGGCCAAUUCCAGCGGCCUUUCGUAAGAGCUUGAAUUUCUUGUCGCCAAAUAAAACAGACCCGUCGAAAUUGCUCGUAGCCUUUCGCUAAAUUUAAUAAAGAAACUUGUCGCAACUUGCUGCGAGUUAAAGUUUUGUUCGUUACAUGUACGCCGCAAUCACGAUGGAACGUACUUCUUUCAUACAUGUAUAUAAAAGUUAACGUCAUAUACGUGCAAUAUUAUACGUAGCGCGACAAGGGAAUGCGGUAAGUUCAUUAUUAUUACAAUUUUUAAAUAGUUUUGGAUCCGCACGAAAAAGUGGCGAUUCGAAAUUUAACCGUGCGCGGUUAUGUAUAAAAUAAACACGUGACAACUUCAAGCGAAAUAACAUUUCACCGCACGUGGCGAUUAAAAAUUAUAUUUCAUCAUUCUGUGAGAUAUAUAACGCGAGACUCUGAGAGCCCAUUGCUGUUUUAUCAUUAUUAUCACAGUUCCAACUGAAUACUGGCAAAGAAAACGUUACGUUUAAAUUCUCGGGUAACUUUCGUUCGUAUUUGAUAUUUCUGCCAUUAACCAGCUUUGACAUGUAUAAUUGAUUAUCAUUCCUGGAAAGUUUUGUGCCCCGUUCGUUAUGCGUCGUCUCCGUUCAAUGCGACCGUGGAUUCUCACGUGAAUAUUAUCUAACGACGGAGACACCGGCUGAUUGCGACGGAGAAGCGCGAAGGGACCGAAGCGGGAAGGAAAAUGGAUUAACGUUGAGUAAGUAACGCCGUGGAGAAUUGACGAUACGAAAGUCGCGGAUAAAGUUCUCCAGGCCCACCCCGAGGGGGAUAACCGGCGACGUUCUCGGAAGCGCCUAAAGUGUCGCUGCUAAGAGAAAACGGGCUGGAUUAUGCGCGUCGGCUGCGCCGCGCGGAGAUUCAAUAUUUGCCGCAUCAGCCGCGAGCGCGUCUCCUCGUGUAAUCACGACCUAAUCAAGAGCGAGGAAAUUCGAUUAUAUACUCGCCGAGUCCCUGGCAAUAGAGCGUAACUAGCGUAUGAUAGCGAGGCUCGGGUGGAAACGAGCCAGGCCGAAGCCGGUCGCGACCGUCGCGUCGACGGUAUAGCAGUCGGCCUGCCGGGAUCAUAGCAACGACUGCCAAUUAUAUCCGGUCUCUCUCGAUCACGUCGGCUGAGAUGAAUAAACUGCGUCCGCACAAAAGCGUAAUAAUUCGUAGCGUUAGCUACUUUUCGAACGCCUCGGUUCGUUUAAAGCUCCCGUUUGAAUGAGUUUGACAAAUUUGAAGCGGCGAUGGGAAACGACCAGGUUCAUCCUGGUCGCGCGCAUGGGCGGCCAAGAAGUGCACUGCCACAACGUACCAUACGGCGGCAGCGGCAAGAACAGCGACACAUACAACCAGAACGCUCUGGAGGAGACCACACGAUCGGGGCCGUAUUUCGACAAAUCGGCCUCGAAGAACGUGACCGCCUUGCUGGGAAAGACCACGUACCUCAACUGCCGUGUCAAAAAUUUGGGGAACAAAACGAUGACACUACAAGUAUCGUGGGUACGGCACAGAGACGUCCAUUUGCUCACGAUUGGCCGUUACACGUACACGAACGACCAGCGAUUUCGAGCGAUUCACAACGCUCAUUCGGACGACUGGACGCUCCAAAUAAAGUAUCCGCAGCAUCGAGAUAGCGGUAUUUACGAGUGCCAGGUCUCCACGACGCCCCACAUGAGUCAUCUAGUCCAUUUAAAUGUAAUCGAGCCAAAAACCGAGAUUCUGGGUGCGCCAGAGUUGUUCAUCAAUCGAGGUAGCACCAUCAAUCUCACAUGCGUCGUUCUGCAGAGUCCAGAACCACCCGCCUAUAUUUUCUGGAAUCACAACGAUGCGAUAAUCAGCUACGACUCGAGCAGAGGCGGCGUUUCCGUGGUCACGGAGAAGGGUGACAGCACGACGAGUUUCCUCUUGGUGCAAGAAGCGAAGCCGUCGGACUCGGGACGGUACACUUGUAACCCCAGUAAUGCUCAACCGAAAUCGAUCACCGUACACGUACUCAACGGAGAGUAUCCCGCGGCAAUGCAGCACGGCGGUCAGGCCAAGCAACCGAGGUUGUACUCCCUUCUGCUCUGCCUGUGUCUGCUACUUUACUAAUUGCUCCAUUCCAUCGCGCAUUUUCGAAGGGAGAAAUCGGAAGACACUUUCGAAAGAAAAGGAGAAAGAAUGAAUGAGUGAGAGUGUGUGAGAGAGAAAAAGAAAGAGAAAGCAAAGAAGGGAGAGAGAGAGAGAGAGAGAGAGAGAGAGAGCUAUUUCCGUCACGAAUUGCGCGAACAUUGCCCAGGUGUCAUGGAAACCGUGGCGAGAUACGUGCGACGAUGUGCAUCCGACGGGGACGCUUUUGACUGUGCACCGGAACGAUGAACUCUUUUGCAACGACGCGCCGUUUGUCGAUGCAACCGAGCGACGACGGCGCGUCCGGAAGAGUACCGCGAUGACCACAGGACAGGACGCUUUUGGCGAUGAGACUGCGCGCAAUUCGAGAUUACAAGAUAUGCGGUGAUACAUGUAAGAGAAACGCAUCACAGUCACGGAAUCCAAGUCGAUAAAAAAAAAAAACACACACACAAUGGAUGAAUACAAUUAUUCGUCAUAUAAAAGAUAAUUCCAUGUUGAUGAAAAGUAAAUAAAGUGUGAUUGAAAUGAUGUUGCCGAAA